CCUGACCUCGCAUUUGUGAACCUUGCCCAACAGCCGCAGGCGUUAUCGGUUAUCCUCCGCUCUCACUUCCGAGCUAGUCUCCUCUUCGUCGUCUGCUCCCCCAUGGCCGCCGCCCACCUCCUCGCCGCCGCCAACUCCUCCUUCACCUCUUUCCGCCCUACUCACCGCCUCCUCUCUCCACCGCCCCCUCCUCAUCUCCGCCUCAACUGUACAGGGAGGCGGCCGUUCCCGGUUGUCCGCGCGUCCGAGACCGACGCCAAAGACGCGGAGGCGAAGGGGAAGGCCCCGGAGAAGGCGCCGGCGGCGGCCGGGUCGAGCUUCAACCAGCUGCUCGGGAUCAAGGGCGCCAAGCAGGAGAGCGACAUAUGGAAGAUCCGUCUUCAACUCACUAAGCCAGUGACGUGGCCUCCGCUUAUAUGGGGAGUUCUCUGUGGAGCAGCUGCCUCCGGAAAUUUCCACUGGACAGUUGAAGAUGUUGCAAAAUCUAUUGUAUGCAUGAUAAUGUCUGGGCCAUGCCUUACAGGAUACACACAGACAAUUAACGAUUGGUAUGAUCGAGACAUUGAUGCAAUUAAUGAGCCUUAUCGCCCUAUUCCUUCGGGUGCUAUAUCAGAAAAUGAGGUAAUAACUCAGAUCUGGGUGCUAUUAUUAGCAGGGCUUGGGUUGGGUGCUUUGUUAGACGUAUGGGCAGGGCAUGAUUUUCCUAUUGUUUUUUAUCUUGCUGUGGGUGGCUCCUUACUUUCUUACAUAUAUUCGGCACCACCUCUCAAGCUCAAGCAGAAUGGAUGGAUUGGGAACUUCGCUCUGGGUGCGAGUUACAUUAGCUUGCCUUGGUGUGCUGGCCAGGCGUUAUUUGGAACUCUUACUCCUGAUAUUGUUGUCCUGACUACUUUGUACAGCAUAGCUGGGCUAGGGAUUGCUAUUGUAAAUGAUUUUAAGAGCAUUGAAGGGGAUAGAACUUUGGGGCUUCAGUCACUUCCUGUUGCUUUUGGGAUGGAAACUGCAAAAUGGAUAUGCGUUGGAGCAAUUGACAUCACUCAAUUAUCUGUUGCAGGCUACCUAUUGAGCACUGGUAAGCUGUAUUAUGCCCUGGCGCUGCUUGGACUAACAAUUCCUCAGGUGGUCUUUCAGUUCCAGUACUUCCUGAAGGACCCUGUGAAGUAUGAUGUCAAAUACCAGGCAAGCGCGCAACCGUUCUUCGUCUUGGGCCUGUUGGUGACCGCCCUGGCGACCAGCCACUGAUGAAAGAAAGCAUCCAAGCUAAACCGAAACCACCAGCCACUGAUGAAAGAAAGCAUCCAAGCUAAACCGAAACCGCAAGGCUUCUAUAGAGGAGGCAGAUUGUCCAAGUGUUGGUGAAAUAAGGUUUCAGCGGCUAUAUAUUGCCUGCAUGGGUUAGCUGCUUGUGGGCAGGGUAGGAUAGUCUCCUUGGUUCCCAGGAUACGGAUGGAGUUUUGGGUUUCGUGAUGCAGCUGAUCCAGAAAAAGAGCUAGCGUUAGCGCUGGCUGGUUGCAGUAGUAGAGGAUAGUAGAUGCACGCUAGUCUGUUGUGUUCUCGUCAGUGGCUCAAUCGACUGUAACUAUGCACUGCUUUGAGCGUAUUGUUUUGUGACUGAAAUCUAGGUGCCUCGGAUAUCACCGUGUUACUGUAUAA